AGUUCUGCGCAUGUUCAGUUCAAACACAGAGAAACAAGAUGGCGGCCGCAGCAUCAAUGAUGCCGAACUUCGGGCAGCAAAUUUCAUCCAAAAACGACCUGGUUCCGGACUGGACCCGCCAGGAAGUCAGCACAGGGACCACCAUCAUGGCGGUGGAGUAUGAUGGGGGCGUGGUCAUAGGUGCGGACUCGCGGACCACUACUGGAGCCUACAUCGCCAACAGAGUGACGGACAAACUGACUCCGAUCCACGACCGGAUCUUCUGCUGCAGGUCCGGUUCUGCCGCUGACACUCAGGCCAUCGCUGACGUCGUCGCCUAUCAGCUGGGUUUCCACAGCAUCGAGUUGGACGAGCCCCCAUUGGUGGAGACGGCGGCCAACCUGUUCCGAGCCAGCUGUUACCGCUACAGGGAGGAGCUGAUGGCGGGGAUCCUGGUGGCGGGCUGGGACCGCAGGAAGGGAGGCCAGGUGUACUGCGUUCCAAUUGGUGGGAUGCUGGUGAGGCAGCCGGUGUCGGUGGGCGGCAGCGGCAGCACCUACAUCUACGGCUUCAUGGACUCGAACUACAAACCUGGACUGAGCAAAGACCAGUGUCUGGAGCUGACCGCCGCAGCUCUGUCUCUGGCCAUGGAGAGAGACGGGUCGAGUGGGGGCGUGGUCAGACUGGCGUCCAUCUCCGAGGAGGGGGUGGAGAGACGGGUCAUCCUUGGAAACCAGCUGCCCAAGUUCUCCACCCAUUAAACGUCCACAUGUUCAUGUUAAUAAAGGUUUGUUUGUUUACCGUCCU